AAAAAUAAAUAAAAUAAAUAAAGACAACAAAUUAAAAAUUUGCAGAUUGACUUCAAAUCGGAGAAGAGAAUGGCUAUGGCUACUUCUUCUUCUACUCAGCUUCUUCUACUGUCUUCUUCUUCUUCUUCUUCUUCAUCUUUGUUUCAUUCUCAAAUUACCAAAACGCCACUUCUUCUCUCGGCGAGGAAGAUCUGUUUUCGUAGACCGGAGAAGUCUCUCUCGUUAUCAUGUCGUCCUUCAAUCUCGGCUUCUUCCGCCGUCGGCGUCAAUGAUGAACCGGCGACUUCGAAGAAAUCAACCAAAACGCUUCCGUUUCGAGUCGGUCACGGUUUCGAUCUGCAUCGGUUAGAGCCAGGUUACCCUCUGAUCAUCGGCGGGAUUGAUAUUCCUCAUGAUAGAGGCUGCGAAGCUCACUCCGAUGGCGAUGUGUUGCUUCAUUGUGUAGUGGAUGCGAUUUUGGGAGCCUUAGGGCUUCCUGAUAUAGGUCAGAUCUUCCCUGAUUCAGAUCCUAAAUGGAAAGGUGCUGCUUCAUCUGUCUUCAUCAAAGAAGCUGUGAGACUCAUGGAUGAGGCAGGUUACGAGAUUGGCAACCUAGACGCGACAUUGAUUCUACAGAGACCAAAGAUAAGUCCUCACAAGGAGACAAUCCGAACUAAUCUGUCCAAGCUUCUUGGAGCUGAUCCUUCUGUUGUAAACCUCAAAGCCAAAACCCACGAGAAAGUUGAUAGCCUCGGAGAAAACAGAAGCAUUGCAGCUCACACUGUCAUUCUCCUCAUGAAGAAAUAAAAGUAAAAAUUAGCUCUGUAUCAUCUUUUUCUAAGUCUCAUCUUGUAAGAAAAAAAAAACAAACUUUUGAUUGUAAAUUUACACUUAAAGAGUAUCACCCUUUAGAGGCUUAUUAAUCAUGUCCUAGAAGCAAAGAUAAGUCUUAUCAUAUUUCGAUGAUGAUCA